CCGGAGCGUAAAGCUUAAAAGGGAGUCAGCCGACCCGCUCGCUCGACCCUGCGCAGACGCCACUGCGGAGGGGAAGCAAGAUGGCGUCCACUAGCCGCUUGGAUGUGCUGCCGAGAGUGACAUGUCCGAACCAUCCAGAUUCCAUCUUGGUGGAAGAUUACAGAGCUGGAGACAUGAUCUGCCCAGAAUGUGGACUAGUAGUAGGUGACAGAGUCAUAGAUGUAGGGUCAGAAUGGCGAACAUUCAGCAAUGACAAAGCAACCAAAGAUCCAUCGCGAGUCGGAGACACCCAGAAUCCUCUCCUAAGUGAUGGAGAUUUAACUACAAUGAUUGGCAAGGGCACAGGGGCAGCGAGUUUCGAUGAGUUUGGGAAUUCCAAGUAUCAAAACCGCAGGACAAUGAGCACCUCUGACCGCGCAAUGAUGAAUGCAUUUAAAGAAAUUGCCAGCAUGGCAGACAGAAUCAAUCUCCCCCGAAAUAUAGUUGAUCGAACAAAUAAUUUAUUCAAGCAAGUAUACGAGCAGAAGAGCCUGAAGGGAAGAAGUAAUGAUGCUAUUGCCUCCGCUUGUCUCUACAUUGCUUGCAGACAAGAGGGUGUUCCUAGAACAUUUAAAGAAAUAUGUGCUGUCUCCAGAAUUUCCAAAAAAGAAAUAGGCCGGUGUUUUAAACUCAUUUUGAAAGCUUUGGAAACAAGUGUGGAUUUGAUCACAACUGGAGAUUUCAUGUCCAGGUUUUGUUCCAACCUGGGUCUCCCUAAGCAAGUCCAGAUGGCUGCAACACACAUUGCACGUAAAGCGGUGGAAUUAGACCUGGUUCCAGGAAGGAGUCCCAUCUCGGUUGCCGCUGCAGCUAUUUACAUGGCUUCACAAGCCUCAGCAGAGAAGAGAACUCAGAAAGAAAUUGGCGACAUUGCUGGUGUAGCUGACGUUACCAUUAGGCAAUCGUAUAGGCUGAUUUAUCCACGUGCUCCAGAUCUUUUCCCACCAGAUUUCAAAUUUGACACCCCAGUGGACAAACUACCACAGCUCUGAAACGUCGAAGGCUGCUUCUAAAUAUUACCAAAAAAGAGAGAUUUUUUUUACUUACAAAAGAGGUGUAUAGAAGCUGUACUGCUGAGCCCACAUGUUGUAGAACUGGUUAAAGGAUAUGAAAACGCCUCUCCAAGGAAGUGGAGCACACAUUCCAAGUGUAAGAGAUAAUUUUGUGGCAUUUUUAUGUAUAUAUUAGUGAAAGUAACUAUUUAACAACCAUUGCAACAAACUUAAUUUCCCGAUUGUUAUGUACUUAAGAUUUCUUUUGUAGAGACCUAGUAAAAUGUAUUUUGGAAAAUGUGUCAAAUACUGCAUCCUGAAUAAACUGUUUUCCAAAAUA